CUAAAAUCUUUCCGGCGGAAGCUGCGUACUGGGCCUUGUCACAAAGAAAUGGCGAGCGGUAUCGGGAAACACAAGAUACUGAACGUGGGGCCGACAGAGCCCUGGUCAGUCAGAGAGAAACUGUGCCUGGCCUCUUCUGUCAUGAGGAGUGGUGACCAAAACUGGGUGUCUGUAAGCAGAGCCAUCAAGCCUUUCUCCGAGCCUGGUCGUCCACCUGACUGGUUCUCACAGAAGCACUGUGCCUCACAAUACUCUGAGCUGCUGGAAGCCACUGAAGCCCCUAAGCGUAAGCGUGGUGAGAAGGGCGAAGUCGUCGAGACCAUUGAAGAUGUGAUCGUCCGUAGGCUGACCGCCGAGAGGAUAGAGGAGCUGAAGAAACUGUUGCGAGAAACACAAGAGAAGUACAGGAAGUUGAAGAAGGAGGUGGAUCUAAUUCAGACGGGUCACAUGGACUCCCAGCUGAAGGAACUGUGGGCAGACAUCUUGUUAAAGAAGAAGCAGGAUGAGGAGGAAGCAGAGCAGAAGAGGAAAGCCACAGAGACGGCCUACCAGGCUCGCCAGGCAGUGAAAAACACUCCUAAGCGUCUGCCCAGUGUAACAGUGCGUUCUCCUCUGGGUGCCAGCCCGCCCAGCCUUGACUCCCAAACUGACUCCUCUGUUGCCACGCCACCCAUGGACACAGGGGGCGCUACUUCUGACGACACCAGCACCCACCCCACUGCUCAGGGGGUUGGAGGGUUCCUGCCCGCAACAGACGUUCCAGGUCCAGGGCCUAAAGAUGGAGGCCUGGCGGCUCUCGCUGAUGACUCCCCACAGAAGAGGCUCCUCAGUCAGAAGGCCACACCGCCACCCUCCCCUCUCCUGUCAGAACUAUUGAAAAAAGGCAGCCUCAUCUCCGCUAGCCCUCGAAUGGUAGCGGAGGGAGACACUACUGUAAGCCUCACCAAUGGAGUGCAGACUGCCACCACAGCCGCUCCCUUACCAGCCGGUCAUGAGGUCACCACAGAGGGCGAAGCAGAGGCCGCGGUGAAGGCAGAACUCAGUGAGGAGACAGGAUUAGUCGAAGAGGACCUGGUGGCCGUGUCUUACAUGGGAGACGAGUUGGACCUAGAGACUGUGGGAGACAUUAUUGCCAUCAUAGAAGAGAAGGUGGAUGACUCAGUGGAGGCCUUGGAUGCAGCAGCAGUAGAAGCUGCCCUGUCUCUUUGUGAGGAGGCUGUUUCAGGAGGACACCCACUUCCGGGCCCCUGGGAGACCCAGGAGCUGAAGACCUCAGAGCCGGCACCCACAGUCCCAGACCCCGAGCCCCUGCAGGAGACCCAGGAUACGACUGCAACUCCAGCCCCGACCCCUGCUGGCCUGGAGACACAGAGUCAGCCAGAGACAAAGAGGGAAGAGCAGCUCAAGGGGAACUGUGAGGCACCUGAGGUGGCAGGCAGUGAUGUCACUUCCUCUGUCACCUCUGAUGAUGGUGCAACAGGAAGUGAAGUCACAGAAGAGGGGACAGUGGGUAAGGAAGGCACCGAAGGAACGGUGAAGAGUGAAGUGGAGGAAUGGAGCCAUCCUGAACCCAAUCCACCUUGCCUAGAUUCUGAGGACAGCUCUGUGUCAGGAAAAGAGUCUAAGGAGGUGAAGGAGGAAGAGGCGGGAAGUGAGGGUGACCCAGAAGAAGGGAUGGAGCUAAAGGAGGAGUGUGGAGAGGGGGAGGGUCCCUACCUGUCAGAAGUGGAGCGGGCAGCCAGUGAGAGCGAGGACGGCUAUGGCUCCGCCUCCCACCGCUACACCACAGCUGAUUCGCUGGCCAGCAGCCCCGCCUCUUCUUCUCAGUUCUCUACAUGUGGAGAGGACCAGGAGGCGGUGCAGGCCCAGAAGAUCUGGAAGAAAGCCAUCAUGCUUGUGUGGAGAGCUGCAGCCAACCAUAGGUAUGCCAGUGUCUUUCUCCAGCCCGUGUCAGACGACAUCGCCCCUGGUUACCACAGCAUUGUGCACAGACCCAUGGACCUGUCUGCCAUCAAGAAGAACAUCGAGUCAGGCGUGAUCCGCACGACGGCCGAGUUCCAGCGUGACAUCAUGCUGAUGUUUCAGAACGCCGUCAUGUACAACUCGUCAGACCACGACGUCUAUCACAUGGCACUGGAGAUGCAGCGGGAUGUCCUGGAGCAUGUUCAGCAGUUCCUGGCCACCCAGCUCAUCAUGCAGACCUCAGAGAGCGCCAUCUCCACCAAGAGCCUCCGUGGCAGGGAGGGAAACCGCAAGCCAGGCGAGCCGGCCGAGAAGGAUGGAGGCACCAGAGGUCGACGCAGCGCCAUGGAAGCUGACCUCAAGAUGAAGAAAUAGAGAUUUCAAAGAGCACAAUCCUUAAAGGGAGAAAAAGAGAGCGACUCGGGGUCAGAUAAUGGGGAGCCGAUUAUUUACUGGGCACUCUGGUUGUUUUAUGAAGGUGACGGUGCACUCUCUAGCGUGUGUAUGUCUGUAUGAAUGUAUACAAGCAUAUUCUUCAACAAAAGUGUGUGUGUGUGUGCGUGUGUCCGUUGGUGUGUCUUAGAGAGCUGCAUUGAGCCUCUUCUCCUCCCGGUCAUCUGAUUGGUUAAUGUGCACCGCUGCUGGUUUCCACUCCAGGCAAAACAAGCCAGUACAUCACUUUCCCCAAGUGUCAUUUUCACCAGCGAAAAGUAGUUUGUUGUUCUCCAGUCCUCCCUGGUAAGAUGGUACAGUGACUAUUGAGCAGGAAGACAGAGGCCGAGAAUAUUUUUAUCAGCAAAGUUUUAUUUGGAAUGAUAUGCACAGAAAGAAUAGGGCAGUAGUGUUUUGUUUUGUUUUGUUUUUUUCCAGAUUUGACCAUGUUCAGAUGUGCUACGUACUGGAAAGAUGCUGAUGUUGAAUUAGGGAUGCACUGGAACUGGUAUCAGGCUGAAGCAGGCUGUUGGUGUCAGGAUAUCACCAGUACUAAACUGAUACUAUGCGUCAUGUUUGUCAGUAAUUAAAGCAGCUUGAUUUUCUGCUUUUUUUCGCAAAUGAAAGGACUGAAAAAAUAAUUAUUUGGGCCAUUUUUUCCAAACCAAUGGUUAAGCAAGUCUUUACUGUUCUGUAAAGCAUCAGAGUGGUACUCAGUUUUGGUCAGUUGGGUUGGUAUUGAAAUUAUUGAUGCGUCCCUCUCUGUAGAGUGUAGCCAGACUAUGGAAAAUAGGCAGUGUAAGAAUCAUGUUUGUGUAGUGUUAGAUGGGAGUACAGAAAGAAGUUUUGUGCCCGAGUGAUGGACCAUGUGUAAAAAUUUGUGUUGGCGUAGCCGAUGAAGUAUGUAUCAUGUGUUCUGUUGUACAUUUGUUUAAUAAAAGAUUAUUUGUUCAUUAUCA